CAGCAUUCCAUGCUUGCCAGCAAAUGCGAUUCCGAGCUCCUUCACUGCACUCAGCUCGUACUUUCUAGGGGCACCUAGUGGCCACCGAUCAUCACUUCACUGGCAUGUCUGGUUUCGAACUGGCGGGGAUUGUCCUCGGGGCGCUCCCGAUAGCCAUCGCCGCACUAGAUGGGUACAAGGAAGCGAACAAGCGAUUUUCAUUCUGGCGUGGGGUCCGGCGACAUCACAUAACUUUCACCAAUGAUCUCGAGUAUCAACACCGCAUCUUCGAACUGAAUCUCCAGCAGCUACUUCUUCCCCUUGUUGUUGUUGAAGAUGAUGUUAUCGCCGUCUUGUUAUCGCAGCCCGGUGGACCUGAAUGGAAGCGCCCCGAUGUGGAAGAGGAGCUCAAAAGCAGACUGGGCGGCUCCUACCCACUUUACCUAAGCAUUAUGAAAGCGCUGGAGGAGGCCGUAAAGAGGCUUAAUGCGGAGCUUGGUGUUGAUUCGGCGAGCGUCCAAGCAGGCCUUCAGGGACAGAAAAAGAGCCUGGACUUCCAGCUUUACCGGCUCAAACUUAGCAUCGAUGGCGGAUCUACUGCAAAACGGCUCCUCGACGAGCUGACCCAACGCAAUGCGCAGCUCGAGAAGCUCCUGAACCAGACUGACAAGGUGACCCAGCUGAGCCGGAAGCGGGAUCAGAGUGGCUACGGGGGCUCAAGCGCGAGGCUCGAUACGGCGCUGUUAUCAUUCUGGAAGAGUGCAACGUCUCUUUACAACGUGAUCCAAACCGCAUGGACCGGCUGCUCUUGCUCAAAAGAGCACACUACAAACAUGGUGUUACAGCACCCUGCCACAGCCAAAAAGGCAAGGUUCGAGGUCCUAUUUGCCGCCUCUGAUCGAACGGAAUUCUGGAGGCUGGACAGAGCGCUCGUGACUGUUGGCGAGGACGAGACAAGGCCAGCAAACCAGCCAAGUAGCCCACAAACAAGCGCUACAAAGGUCGAGCUCGGGGCACGCGAGCCAGCUCACAAAACGGCCAGGGUCCCCAAGUCAGCCAUUAAGGGCAAAGCAGUGGCGCGCAACCGAAGCGUUCAGUUGAUCACUGCCCCUGCCAUCGUGCUGUCGGGACUGCCGCAGGCGGGGAGGAUCACUAACCUCUGCACCUCGCUCUACUCCAGCCCUAGUAGUAGCUGCUGCGCGGGGUUUCUUCAAUGCCCAAACGACGCGGAAGCCCGGUACUUCCUGUACCCACAGUCUAAGCAGAUGGCGCCCGUCCUCAAAUUCGUCACGCUGGAGCAGCUGAUCCGGGAGGAGGAGCUUCCCCCGCUCAGCUUCCAGCAGCGGCUGUUUCUGUCCAUGACGCUGGCUUCGUCGUUUCUGCAGCUCCUCGAUUCGCCGUGGAUACAUCACCAGCGGACAAAAGCGGACAUUGUCUUUUUCCCGGACCCAACGUGCCCCGCCGUCUUCCUUUUGGAGAAACCGCAUGUGAUGGGGCAGGCGGAAGCGGCAGAUCCAACAACAGGUGGCGCAGGGAAUCCGAGGCUCCGGUCUGCCGUGGAGGAGGAAAGGAGACAGGCAGCGCUGAGCAGGCUUGGGGUUGUCCUGGAAGAGCUGUGCUUCAGAUGCAGCGUCGAGAAGCGCCGGGCGCAGCGCGGCUACCCGGCCGCGAGGGCCGGCGGGCAGAGGCAGCUGGUUCUCGACACUGAGGUGGGCGUGGACUGGCUGCGCGAGAUGGGCAGCGAGGCGGCGGGGCUGGAGUACAAGUGCGCGGUCAAGUGGUGCCUCCUGGACCACCGCGUCGCGUUGCAGGAAUCUGACUCGUGGCGGGGAGAGAUGCUGAAGCAUGUAGUCGGGCCGUUGGAGCGGUCUUAUCGACAGUUCACUAGCAGCGGGUGAGGUGGCGGUGAAAAGGGGCAGCGGAGGGAUGUGAGGAUCGGGGAAUUGAGAAGCACGGUUCCGGGUAUGUGGUACGUGCCAUGAGCUCACGCCACGUAGAUAGAAUGUGUCUUCUCGAUGCAGGUUUUCACAGCAGCCCGAUGACAGCCCACGACGAAGAGAGCCAGACGCUGUAGCGGUUGCACGCCAAACCCCUGAC